AUGGCGGAGCCUGGACCAACAGAUCCAACAGAGCCCACGGGCCCGUCUCCAGCAGCUAGCCCGGGGUCUGAGCCUCCAUCCGCGACCUUGUCACCCACUGUGGACGGCUCCCAACGGCUCCUCUUUUCCCAUGACUUGGUGUCCGGACGGCACCGCGGCUCUGUGCGUUUCGGCCUCGUAAGGAUGAUACACGGAGAGGAGGAGUUCAACUCGGACUCAGACCUCGACGACGAUGGCGGAGGGAGAGGAGGAGGUGGUGGAGGAGGAGGUGGUGGUGGAGGAGGAGGAGGAGGAGGAGGUGGUGGUGGAGGAGGAGGAGGUGGUGGAGGAGGAGGCGGAGGAGGUGGAGGAGGAGGAGGAGGAAGGAUCCCGGGUGGUUCUGACACUGAGAGCGCCUUGGAUAGCCCGGGCCGUCCUCUGGGCAGGGGGUUUGUCCGAGUGCAGUGGUACCCUGAAGGAGGCAAGCAGGACAUCCGAGAGACAAAGUUGAAACUUGAAGACCGAGCCAUUGUCAUAAGAGACAUAGUGAGACGAAACAACUCCAAUGACAGCCAGUGUGGCAUGGUAACAAACAUUGAUUUAGAGUGUGCAGUAAAACUAGUGGGGACCAACUGUGUGUUUUAUCCAGUCAACAGCAAAGACCUGCAGCACAUUUGGUCUUUUAUGUACGGAGACUACAUCGCCUAUGACUUCUGGCUGGGGAAGGUUUACGAUUUGACGAAUCACAUCAUUCUCAAGCUCUCAAACGGAGCCAGGUGUUCGAUGAGUGUGGAGGAUGGUGCAAAGCUGUAUGAUGUCUGUCCACAUGUCAGCGACUCUGGGGUGUUUUUUGAUGAGGCCUACGGCUUCUACCCGGGGCAGGUUCUGAUCGGUCCUGCCAAAGUCUUCUCCAAUGUGCAGUGGCUCUCAGGGGUCAAACCUGUCCUCAUCCGAAAGUGCAGGUUUAGGGUGGUCGUGGAGGAGGUUAAAGUGGUGGAGUUAAAGGUCACAUGGAUUACAAAGAGCUUCUCUCCCAAAGGCUCUGACAGCGUUUACCCCCCUCCAUCCACCAUCACACAGGAGAACCUGUGCAGGGUGAAGCGUCUGGGUUAUUACGACCACACGCAGUGGCAGCUGGGGGAGAGGGCGCUCUACGUGUUUCCAGCGAAGGGUGACACCACUCGGAUCACCUGUGAGGGACCCGAGGGCCCCGUCCUGCCUGAUGACCUUGUCUUUAAAAAUGUGAACCGGAUGUUGAAGGACACAAAGAAGACAGAAAACCCUGAUACGCAAGAUCACAAACCGCAGCAGACGGAAGCGUCUCUUCCCAACAAUAACGGCCCUGGAGCACAUUCUCGGGAGCAAAAUACCAUCGACUCAACAAUGGAACAGACAGAGCAGGACGCGGACGACGAGGCUGCAGAAGACACCGAUGACACCAGCUCUCUGACGUCGUCUGCCAGCUCCACAGCCUCGUCACAGAGCGGUCCAACAACAAACCGCAAGAAGAGUGUUCCUCUGUCCAUCCGCAACCUCAAGAGAAAACACAAAAAGAAGAGGACCAAGUUCUCCCGCGAGUUUAAGCCUGGAGACCGAGUGGCUGUGGAAGUCGUGUCCACAAAGACCACUGCAGAUGUGAUGUGGAAGAACGGGCUUGUGGAGAAAUGUAUUCGAUCCAAUGACCUCAUACCCAUCCAGCACUUGGACGGACACGAGUUCUGCCCUGGAGACUUUGUGGUUGACAAGCGAUCCCAAGCAUCUCAGGACCCAAGUGUGUACGGAGUCAUCCAGUCAGGAGAUCACAAAGGCAGAACUUGUGUGGUAAAGUGGAUCAAACUCAGCUCAGCUGGAGACGAUGUGGAGGUGAUUGGAAUGGAGGAGGAUGUCAGUGUGUAUGACAUUGCUGAUCACCCAGAUUUCCACUUCCGUACCACUGACAUUGUCAUCCGGAUAUGGAGCUCAGAGAAUGGACAAAGUGACUGUGAAAAUGAGACUUCUGUUGGCCAAGUGUCUCGAGUGGAUGUGAGCAGCAAGGUGGAGGUUGUCUGGGCAGAUAACUCAAAGACUAUUGUACUUCCACAGCAUCUUUACAAUGUUGAGUCUGAGAUCGAGGAGACUGCCUAUGACUCUGUGGAGGAGACGAGCAGCGUGUUGUCGACUGAGGAGUGGGAGGACGAGAGCGACAGCUGGGAGACAGACAAUGGUCUGACCACAGAAGAAGACAACCACAUCAACGAGGCAGACGCCUCGGACACUGCCACCCCCACACCCACUGGCUUCUCCACUUUCAUUAUCUCUCCACAAGAGAGCAGCAAAGCUGGGGUUACCAGUCCCUUAAAAGCAAACCCCUCAGAGGAGGAGAGCUCUGCUGCUGCAGCAGCCGCUCCUGUGACUUGGGCAGGGAAUACUCAGGGACUUGCAGAGAAGCAGAACAAAGUUGGAGCGUCUCGAGGACUGAGGGAGCUUAAAGAGGCAUUAAAGAUCUUGGAGAGUUUGAAGAACAUGACUGUUGAGCAGCUAUUGACUGGCGGCUCUCCCACAUCCCCAACCUCAGCUGAACCCAGCUCCACCACAAAUGUGUCGAGUUCAAUGACGCCUGCUGCUCCUGAGAAACCCACGAAGGAGAAGCGCUUCUUAGAUGACCUAAAGAAACUACAGGAAAACCUCCGAAAGACGUUGGACAAUGUGGCCGUGGUUGACGAGGAGAAGAUGGAGGCUGUAGUGGAGGCGGGUGGCAGCACUGUGCCUGAGGUAGAAAAGUCGGCAGAGGAGAAGCUUCAACCUGAGCCCCAGACUCCUGUGGGUGGUUCAGCAUGGUCCAAUGAUUGGUCCAGUGACUUUCUCAGUGACACACCAGUGCUGUGCCAACAGAGUGGCGGUAAACCAGGCGUCACCUUCACCAGUGCCAGAGGAGAGGUCUUUUCUGUGCUUGAAUGGGCCCCAGAAACACACUCAUUUAAGAAGAUGGAGUUUCAGCCUGCGGAGGCUAAGAAGUUCUUUGGUACUGUUAGAAAAGAAAUGGCUUUAUUAGCAACAUCACUGCCUGAUGGAAUCAUGGUGAAAACCUUCGAGGACCGUAUGGAUUUGUUUUCAGCUUUAAUCAAAGGUCCAACAAGAACACCGUAUGAAGAUGGACUAUUUAUGUUUGACAUCCAGCUCCCAAACAUCUACCCCGCUGUGCCUCCUCUGUUCCGCUACCUGUCCCAGUGCAGCGGCCGCCUCAACCCAAACCUCUACGACAAUGGCAAAGUCUGUGUGAGCCUCCUGGGCACCUGGAUUGGCAAGGGAACAGAGCGAUGGACGAGUAAGUCGAGUCUGCUACAAGUCCUCAUCUCGAUACAAGGUCUGAUCCUGGUGAAUGAGCCAUACUACAACGAAGCAGGCUUCGACAGUGAUCGUGGUCUUCAGGAGGGAUACGAGAACAGUCGCUGCUACAACGAGAUGGCCCUCAUCAAGAUGGUUCAGUCCAUGACACAGUUGCUCCAACACCCUGUGGAGGUGUUCAGGCAGGAGAUCCAGCAGCACUUUGGCUGCAGCGGCUGGAGGCUGGUGCACCGGAUGGAAGCGUGGCUGGAUCUUAAUGACUCGGCUGAGAGAGGCCACCGCUCACAUCUGUGCAAGGCCUCGUCUGUGGAGCCUCUGGAUGAGCAGCUGCCUCUGGGGGUCGUGGCUCAAAGCAGUCCCUCUAAACCUGGGGAGGAGGGCGCUGAGGUGGGCUGCAUCAUGGAGGAGGAAGAGGAGGAGGAAGAGGGGAUGGAGGACUCUGGUCUCAGCCCAUCCACUACUGCAGCCUCACAGCAAGAACUCAGCCUAACUAGCCUAAAUUCUGACUGUGACAGUGCUCAGAGCAGCUGUGUGACGGCGGAGAACAAGAGUCCUGUCGUACGCAGUGGGACGUCCGAGUCCGGGUCUGCAGCGCAGCCCGUUGUACGACCAAAGAAGCGGCGAAAGAGCUAUCGCAGCUUCCUCCCGGAGGGCGGUGGGUACCCGGACAUUGGGUUCCCCCUGUUCCCGCUCUCUAAAGGCUUUGUGAAGAGUGUUAGAGGAGUCUUACUGCAGUACAGAGCCGCCCUCAUCGCUGCAGGCAUCACCGAUAAUACAGAGGACAAGUAA